CAACCUCACACUUCCUCCCUAGAAAAAGACAAGUCUGGUGAGAAAGAGCCUUCUUCUACGACAUUCUCUCACCAGUCACCUCUAUUCCUUCACCUUUUAAGUUUGCCUAGCGAUUCGAUUCACCCUACACGCCGCUGCACAGAGAGAACCCAUCGGGAAAUGGGGAAGCAGACGGCGUUGAUCUACGCGUUCGUGGCGCGUGGGAGCGUGAUACUGGCCGAACACACCGACUUCAGCGGUAACUUCAACGCCAUAGCUCUUCAAUGCCUCCAGAAGCUUCCGGCAUCCAACAACAAGUUCACCUAUAGCUGCGAUGGUCACACCUUCAACUACCUUGUGGAUAACGGCUUCACUUAUUGUGUUGUUGCUGAAGAAUCAGUUGGACGACAGAUCCCUAUGGCAUAUCUGGAGCGUAUUAAGGAUGAUUUUGUUGGAAAAUACGGUGGUGGAAAGGCUAGCACUGCCACCCAUAAUAGUCUCAACAAGGAAUUUGGGUCAAAGUUGAAGGAGCAUAUGAUAUACUGCGUUGAGCAUUCCGAUGAGAUAAGCAAAAUUGCGAAGGUUAAAGCACAGGUUUCUGAAGUCAAAGGUGUCAUGAUGGAAAAUAUUGACAAGAUAUAAGGUUCUAGACCGUGGGGAAAAGAUAGAGCUUCUUGUGAACAAGACUGAGAAUCUUCAUCAGCAGGCACAAGAUUUCAGGAACACUGGCACAAAAAUCCGGAGAAAAAUGUGGUUGCAGAACAUGAAGGUGAAGCUGAUAGUACUGGGAAUUAUAAUUGCAUUGAUCCUUAUCAUAGUUCUCUCUGUUUGCCAUGGCUUCAACUGUGCAAAGUGACGUUUUAUGGCAUCAUAGAUAUAUAUACAUAUGUAUUUGUAGUAGGCAUUGAUGUUCAUGACUUCUAAUUCGCGUUUUUAAAGAGGAAAAUACUAAGCACUUUGUAUCUUUUAUAGGUGCGGGGUAUCUUUUUUCUUUUUGGUGCAACCUUAAGUCCCGAAGACCCGAAC